CGAAAUUCAGGCCCAUUUUAAUAACCUAGCGCAGACUGUUAGACCCGGGCGUGAUCAGGAGUGUCGCGAAUCCGUCGCACGAGAGGAUACGAAUUAAAGCCUAAUAAUCCCUUUCCACUUGCUCUCAUCAGAUUUCGCCUCGCCGCCAUGGUCUGGUGUAACCAUUGUGCGAAGAAAGUUGACGGAUUUCGCCCCGAAGGCGGUGCUCUGGCAUGUAAUAAAUGUGGGAGGAUAUUGGAAAACUUCAAUUUUUCUGAUGAAGUUACAUUCAUUAAGAAUGCCGCUGGACAGAGCCAAGCGUCAGGUAACAUAGUGAGGAGUGUUCAGAGUGGGAUUACAAGCUGUCGUGCAAGGAGAAGUAGAAUAGCUAAAGAUGAGUUAAUGAAUUUGAGAGAUGCCUUGCAAAUUGGUGAGGACAGAGAUGAUGUGGUUAAUAUGGCUUCCCGACUCUUUGAUAUGGCAGCUGACCAAAACUUCACCAAAGGGCGCAGAUCUGAACUAGUACUCUCUUCCUGUCUCUACUUGGCUUGCAGGAAAAAGGAACUUGCGGUUCUUCUUAUUGAUUUUUCAAGCUACCUUCGAGUUUGCGUUUACGAGUUAGGUUCUGUGUACUUGCAACUCUGUGAACUGUUCUAUAUGGUGGAUAACCCGAACCUUGAGGACCUUGAGGAGCUUGUUGAUCCUUCAAUCUUCAUUGAUCGAUUCACAAAAAGCUUAUUGAAAGGUGCACAUGCCUAUGCAACAACAAAAAAAGUCGUGGAAACGACUAAGAACAUUAUAGCUAGUAUGAAGAGAGAUUGGAUGCAGACCGGCCGGAAACCUAGUGGAAUAUGUGGAGCAGCAAUUUACAUAGCUGCCCUUUCUCAUGGUGUCAUGUGCUCCACGACAGAUAUUGCACACAUUGUGCAUAUGUGUGGAGCAACAAUAACCAAAAGAUUAAAUGAGUUUGCUAAUACCGGGGCCGCAACUUUAACUGUUGAGGAGCUCGAUAAAAGCGAAGAAAGUAUAUUGCUUGAAAAACCUUUUACGCCAAGACCAAAUUCUGACAAAGAAGUAGUGAACUGUAAACAUAAGGAUUCAAAAAGUUUUGGUUAUGGAUUAUGUAGGGACUGUCACGAAAAGUUCAUGAAAGUUUCUGGUGGAGUUGUUGGUGGGUCGGAUCCUCCCGCUUUCCAGCGAGCAGAGAAAGAGAGAAUGGAAAAAGCUUCUAGAGAAGAAAACGAGGGAGGGAUUGAGAAAAGUGUAAGAGGAGAAACAUAUUGGAAUGCUGAAGAUUCGGAUGAAUCAGACAAUCUUUCUGACCUCGAUGGUGAUCCUGUGGUGGAUGGCUGUUUUCUUGACGAGGACGAAAAGCGAGCUGUGAAGAAGUCAUGGGAAUUUCUUAACGCAGACUGGCUUAAGGAGCAAGCGGCUAAGGAAGCAGCUCUGAAGACGGCUAGUGACGCUUUCAACGCGAGCAAUGCUAAUUGCCCAGAGUACGCAAGAAAUCUUGUUGAAGCUUCUAAAGCAUAUGUGUCAAAAUCUAGAAAGGAAAAGCGACAAAAACGUGAAGAGGAAGCAAAGAACGCGCCUCCCGCAUCCACAGCUUUGGAAGCUUGUACCAGAGUGCUUGAGAGCAAGAAACUCAGUAAGUACUUCAACCCCGAUCGUUUGAAAGAGCUCUUCAACCCCGAUCGUUUGAAAGAGCGCUUCGAUACUUCCUCAGGUGAGAAGUCCCCCAAGAAAUCAAGAACCGAGACAGUUAUAGAGAAUAAGAAGGAAGUUGAAAUUGAAGAAGAAGAAGAAGAGGAUGGUUAUGAUUUUGGAUUGUAAUAAUAUACUAGAUCUUAGAGCAUGUCCAAUGAUUUGAAAAGUUAAGAACCCUUGUUAAUCUAAUUAAAUUUCUCCUCCUCCAAUGGGAGAACGAAAAUAUUGGCAAAGUGGAUCGCAGGGAAGUUUUUAUUUUGGGCUUUGGGUCCGUUUUAGUUUUUAUUUUUGCUUUGGGUCGCGUUCAUUUUCGAUCAUAUACAACU